UCUGUCUGUGCAGGUGUCUCGUCGCAGGUGCCUGUCCCGUGCAGACCUCCAACACUGGGUUUUCACCGGACUCCGUCUUCUUUUCUUGUUCUCCUCAAUCGGGAACUUCUGAUUGUCAGAAUUCCCAUCCCUCUUCAACACCAUGGACGUCGUCGACUACAGAAGCGAGUUAAGGACGUCAGCCAGAGAAGUCUUCCUAGGCGCGGACAUAUUCACGGCUGUCGGGGACAGGAAUAAGGAUGAUGUUGAAUAUAGAUUUGUGGAUGUCAUGCUGUUUGGUGGGGCCCCUUGGGGGUUCACUCUGAGAGGGGGCCUGGAGCACCGAGAACCACUGCUCAUAACCAAGGUGGAGGAGGGCAGCAGGGCGGCGACGGUCAGCCUGCAGGUGGGAGAUGAGAUCGUCAACAUCAACACAGUUCCCAUCAGUGGAUCCAGGCAGGAGGCCGUCUGUCUGGUCAAGAGCUCCCACAAGACCCUCGCCCUGGUCGUCAGAAGGUGGGCUAUGAGCUUGGAACGUUCCAUGUUGCCUAGAUACAAARGUGACUCUGCGGACCCCGCCCACAACCUCCCCGCUCUCCCCCCGUACCCCUCCAACCACACCCACAGCUCUGUGUCUGAGCAACCACUACCACCUCCAACGCCCGCUCCCAAGCCCCAGAAUACAGGCCUCAUCAUCAUGCCACAUUGGGCUCUCCUAGGCCUGGAAACCUCCUCAACCACAUCCUCCUCCUACGGACUAUCUUCCCAGGAAUUCCUGCCUGGCCCUUGCACCCAUCAGGCUGAACCAUCAUCCAGCAGCUGCUGCUCCCCCCAUGGCACAGAGCUGGAUCCUGCCCCAAACCAAGCCUGCUCCUUGGGCUCCACCCAGCUCCCCUCUCCCUCCCCCGGGAGACCCGCUGGACUGGACACGGAGGAGGGAGCAGCUGAUUCAACACUAGAGCCGCCACCCUCCCCCUCUUCCCACUCUCCUUUUUUCUCCUACCAGCCUGCCAGUCUGACGGUUCCCUCCUCAGGUGGGACUCGUUCUCCCUCUCCUCAGUUUGCUCCACAGAGGCUGACGGACCAGCCCCCUGUCUCUGUGUCUAUGCAGGAUGAAGCCCAGAGCAGGCCAGAGAACAGGACGAACACUGUGAUGGAGAUGAGCAAUGUAGGGAAGAAGGUCCCUGUGAAGAUCGUCCAUGCUGAGAGCACCACAGAGAGGGAGAGCCGCCAGUACCUGCUGCACAGCGAGAAAAAUAGGGCCCCUGGAGUUUCAGAGGGGCCCAACCUUCCCCCGCCCCUACCGACCAGCCUGCCCUCCCCUGAGCCGCAGCCCUACUCCCUGUUCCGUGCCUACACACCCUACACACGCCAUGGGCCCCAGAGUCCCCCCAGGGASCCAACCCUCACUGUAGCCCCAGAAGAGGCCCUGUCCCCUGGGCAGUCUCAGACCAACGGACCCUCCGGUACCUCCACCAUGGGUCCCCAGCAGCCUCAGAAGAGUAACUCGGAGGAGGAUGUGAAGAGAGAGGAGCUGGCCAGAGACAUCAUGGACAAGGAUAAGUCCCUGGUGGACAUCUUGGACCAGAGUAAGAUGAAGACCACCAUGGAUCUGAUGGAGGGGAUCUUCCCCCAGGGGGAGCAGAUCUUGGAUGGGGGGCACCAGAGGAAGAAAGUCUCCCCCAAACAGGGAUUGCCGCCCAGGGGKAUGGAUGACKGACACAUCCUUGGGCCUUAUUGGUUAAAUAACCCUCUGCUUUCGGUCUCUAUCCCUUCCAGGAGAGAGGAGGAGGGCAUGUCUGCUGCCACAGGGUCCCUGGUGACCAGCUCCUCUUACUACAGUACGUCUGCCCCCAAGGCUGAGCUGCUCAACAAGAUGAAGGACAUGCAGGAGGACGAGCUGGAGGAGCUGGAGCAAGACUCGGAGGACGAACUGGACAUCAACCUGGCCAGCAAGAAGCAAGAGCUGAUUGACAGCCUGGGUAAGAAGCUGCAGGUGCUGCGCGAGGCCAGGGAGAGCCUUCAGGAGGACGUCCACGAUAACAACUCUCUGGGGGACGAGGUGGAGGCCAUGGUGCAGAAGGUCUGCAAGCCCAACGAGCUGGACAAGUUCAGGAUGUUCGUGGGAGAUCUGGACAAGGUGGUCAGUUUGCUGCUGUCCCUGUCCGGCCGACUGGCCAGGGUGGAGAACGCUCUCAACAGUCUGGAGGAAGACACCACACCAGAAGAGAAGCGCACCCUGUCAGAGAAGAGGAAGUUGUUGAUCAGACAACAUGAAGACGCCAAAGAGCUCAAGGAGAACCUUGACCGGCGGGAGCGCCUGGUUUACAGCAUCAUGGCUGCUCACCUCAGCCACGAGAGCCUGGCAGACUACCAGCACUUUGUCAAGAUGAAGUCAGCCCUCAUCAUCGAGCAGCGCAAGCUGGAAGACAAGAUCAAACUUGGAGAGGAGCAGCUGAAAUGUCUGCUGGAUAGUUUAUUGUUGGAGCAAAGGCUGCUGUUCUGACGAUGCUUAGUGCAAUCCGAAAUGCUUGGGACGUCCUUAACCCUUAACCCUUACCUUAACCCUUACCUUAACCCUAACCUUAACCCUAACCUUAACCCUAACC